UACAACCUGUUAAGCUCAUGAAAAUACGAGCACGGAAUCAAUAAAAUGGGCUUAUAUAUAGCUUGUAAUAUUUUUAUUCCAUACAAAUAGCGCUUACACUAAUCUUUAUUUGUGGAGUGCAUGGGAAAUGAAAAGCCGCAUUCACAGGUACAACGGAUCAAAGCAGAUCAUGGUUAAAAAUACCGACGGUGGGCAAUAUAAUUAUUCUACCACCAACUAGCCCUCUGACCGAUUAGGUCGAUUCGGCGUUGCAAGGAUUUACUUUUUUAAGACCCCAUGUCAACGUAGGGCUAAUUACGGUGUAUAUCUAUUGGACUGAUUUCUCUUUCGAUAAAAACGAGGAGACAACGCGCAAAUAAACACAACAAAGAAUUUUGGGAGUUACACAGUGGAACGGCGCAAUUCCAACUGUCUAGGUGGUCGAUGGAUAUACAUUCAUACUUGAUUAAGUGUAUUUAUUUUGAUGUUUAGUGGUAAUGUGGAUGUACCGUUAUGUGUUUAUCCCGUGGAGAGAAUUUUAAAUAUGAGUUUCUUGUGUCGGGCAUAAUUGUUGGAUCAUGGAUAUAACGGCUGGAACGUUUGACAUUUGAUGACAUAUAUCAUAUUACUUUAUGUAAGUAAAUAUUAGGCGAAAAAAUGUCAACUUAUUCGCCAGAGACAAGUCCACGUGCUCCAAGUCCGGGUAAUAUCCGUAAAAAUCGCAAAACAGACAGAAGUUCUUAUAUUCAGAGAUGGAAAGUUCUGCAAGACCGUAAUAGAAAUCUACCUAAAAUCGAUUUUGGAGUUAAAGCUCAAAUCGUUCCUAAGAGACAAAACAAGUCUAUGGGGAUAGGCACCCGUUCUUUGACUUUAGACAGCCUGAAGCUACCGUCUCUGUGUACAACCUCCAGCGUCAUCACUACCUCAACUAACGCAUCCGUCCCCGCUGCGGCAGCCAAAUCUGACGUCAUCACCAACACUAAAAAGACAGUGGGAAUCCAGGUGACGAUUCAUUUUACAAGAUGGAAAUACAGUGAAACUCAGAUAAAAGAAAAAGACAAGGACCUCAACAGUGCUUUAUCAAGAUCUUUACCAAACAUAGCUGCAGCGGUUCAAAAUGACUCCAAGCAAGUUUCCAAACACAGAUUCGAGAGAAUAUCUUACAGUAAAAAGCUACAAACCAGGAGUGUAGAGAAGAAAGAGAGAGAAGAAGAAUCAAUCGCACAGCCCCAACGGGAGUUACAAGAGCUAGAAAAAUCGGAUUCCUGACUAAGGCACACUAUAUGAUCCCAGAAACACUCUAAUUUAGAUAGCACCAGGAGUGAUCAUUCCUCUAAAAAUAGCCAAGUGUGGAGAUAAGACUUUGGUUAGUGUAAUUCCAGAGACCUACAUCCAAUCUUGGUGCCAAGGAAUAACGCGUUCUACACAGCAGAUCGUAUAGCUGUACAUGAAUUUCAUCUAAAAUCGUGGUAUCUCAAGGGGCAUCCUCCAACUGGUCGUGAAAUAAAUAUACUUUUAUAUACAUGUAAUAUUGUUUCUAAUGAAUAGAAAUACAUUGAUGUUGAAGAAGAUAUAUUUAUAAAUGAGUUCUUUAUAAAAUGUCUUAAAUGGAAAUAGCAUACAUCAAUAAGCAAAGUUUAAAAUUUUCUGUUAUUUGUUGGAUAUUCUAAACGCCUGAAAAAAGAUCACUGGAAAGAUAUGCAGGAAGCACACUAACUUGUUCAAGAUUUUAAUUGGAUAUAUCGCUAUUCAUAACUUGUAUACUGGCAUCUCUACCAAUUUUGAAUCACAGUAAAAUGUAUGGUAAUCCUG